UUCUCUAAUCACCAGGAGGCGGUGUCUAUCAGACCCCAACAUGAAACCUAUCUGACGUCUAUAGGGCUCCAUCAUCAUCACCACCAUCAUCAUCAUCAUCUUCAUCGCCCCUCAACGGCCAAAUAACUCUUCGCGUUUGUUUUCAGUGCCUCUGAAUGUAUUACAAUUUAUCACUAUUAUUUUUUUUAUUCCCUUCAUCAUUUACCUUCAUGACACCGUCAGGAAUUUGGGGCGAUUGGAAGUUUUGCUCCCCGCGCGUGCAGGUGGGCGUUCAUUAGAAAACAGAGCGCCCUGACGAAACGCACUGAGUGAUUAGUUGACUAAUCCCGCCGCGACCGUUAUCCCGUUCGACAUUUCACGGAUUCCCCAUGAGUAUUCCUCCGGUGAUCCGUGCUCCGAGCCCCAUGCCCGGCUCGCGCGGAGUCUCCUUCCACAUGCAGAUCGGUUUGAGCCGCGAGCCCGUGCUGCUCGACUCCGCAGACUUCAGCCUCGCGCAGGUCCGGGAAAUGGCGUGUUCCAUCGUCGACCAGAAGUUCCCAGAGUGUGGCUUCUAUGGGAUAUAUGACAAGAUCCUACUUUUUCGUCAUGACCCAACCUCCGAGAAUAUCUUGCAGCUGGUCAAGUGUGCCGCUGACAUCAUGGAGGGAGACCUGGUGGAGGUAGUGCUCUCAGCUUCGGCUACAGUAGAGGACUUCCAGAUCAGACCCCACACUCUGUUUGUUCACUCAUACCGGGCUCCAGCCUUCUGUGACCACUGUGGAGAGAUGUUAUGGGGUCUGGUCAGGCAGGGACUCAAGUGUGAAGGUUGUGGACUGAAUUACCACAAGCGCUGCGCUUUCAAGAUUCCAAACAAUUGCAGUGGUAUUCGGAAACGACGGCUGUCGAACGUGUCCCUCACUGGCCUGUCCAACACUCGUUCGAUUUCUGCUGAACCUUCCCCAAGCCCCUCGGAUGAAGCUUUACUAUCUCCUGUCAGUCCUAGCAUUGAGCAGAAGGACAUGUUCCCUGGAAGAGGGCGCUCCAACUCGUACAUAGGGCGCCCGAUCGAGCUCGACAAGAUCCUGCUGUCCAAAGUCAAGGUGCCUCACACGUUUGUCAUCCACUCCUACACGCGCCCCACCGUCUGCCAGCACUGCAAAAAGCUGCUCAAGGGCCUAUUUCGCCAGGGCCUGCAAUGCAAAGAUUGCAAAUUCAACUGCCACAAACGAUGUGCACCUAAAGUGCCAAACAACUGCCUCGGAGAGGUGUCAAGGAAUGGAGAUCUGUUGAGUCCUGGAGCUGAGUCGGAUGUGUUGAUGGCAGAAGGCUGUGAUGACCAUGAUAGUGAGAGAAACAGUCCCAUCAUAGAUGACAUGGAGGAAUCCCUGGUUGCAGACUCUUCAGCCCUAUUGGAUGUAGGCCACUGUGAACUUGGAGAUUUCCAUGAUCCAGAUCCUGAUGAGUCCAAUAGAAUUAUCAGUCCAUGCACCAGCAACAACAUCCCUCUCAUGCGAGUGGUCCAGUCAGUGAAGCACAUCAAGAGGAAAAACAGCAAUGUCAUGAAGGAGGGAUGGCUUGUCCACUUCACCAGCAAGGACACACUGCGUAAGAGGCAUUACUGGCGACUGGAUAGCAAGUGCAUUACUCUGUUCCAGAAUGAUACAGGAAGCAAAUAUUAUAAGGAAAUCCCCUUAUCUGAGAUCCUGUCCCUGGAGCCUGCUCAGAACUUCAGCUUGCUUCCUGAAGGUGCCAACCCUCACUGCUUUGAGAUUUCCACCGCCACCCUAGUGUAUUAUGUAGGAGAAAACCUGUCUCAGGAAGACUACUCUUUGUUCCACGGCAGCGUGCUGAUCAGCGGAACUGGCAGGGAUGUGGCUCACAUGUGGCAAACCGCCAUCCAGCAUGCCCUCAUGCCUGUUAUUUCCAAGGGCACAGCUCACAGCAGCCGACACAGCUACCACAAAGACGUCUCCAUCAGCAUCUCUGUGUCUAACUGUCAGAUUCAGGAGAAUGUGGACAUUAGCACAGUUUAUCAGAUAUUCCCUGAUGAAGUUCUUGGAUCUGGGCAAUUUGGCAUUGUCUAUGGCGGAAAGCAUAGGAAAACAGGGAGAGACAUGGCAAUCAAGAUUAUAGACAAACUGCGCUUCCCGACUAAACAAGAGAGUCAGCUGCGCAAUGAGGUUGCCAUCCUGCAGAACCUUCACCACCCUGGGGUGGUGAACCUGGAGUGCAUGUUUGAGACGCCAGAGCGUGUGUUUGUCGUCAUGGAGAAGCUCCAUGGUGACAUGCUGGAGAUGAUACUGUCUAGUGAGAAAGGGAGGCUGCCAGAACGCAUCACUAAGUUCCUCGUCACACAGAUCCUUGUAGCGCUACGCCAUCUUCACUUCAAGAACAUCGUGCACUGUGACCUUAAACCGGAGAACGUCUUACUAGCAUCUGCUGACUCCUUUCCACAAGUAAAACUGUGUGAUUUUGGCUUUGCUCGGAUCAUUGGCGAGAAGUCUUUCAGGCGCUCAGUGGUGGGUACGCCGGCCUACCUGGCACCUGAGGUGUUGAGGAACAAGGGCUACAACCGUUCACUAGACAUGUGGAGUGUUGGCGUCAUCAUCUACGUCAGCCUCAGUGGAACGUUCCCAUUCAAUGAGGAUGAGGACAUCCAUGACCAAAUCCAAAAUGCUGCCUUCAUGUAUCCACCCAACCCAUGGAAGAAGGUGACUUCAGAAGCAAUUGACCUCAUUAAUAACCUGCUGCAAGUCAAAAUGAGGAAGCGCUACAGUGUGGACAAGUCCCUCAGUCAUCCGUGGCUACAGGACUACCAAAUGUGGCUGGACCUGCGUAAUCUAGAGUGUAAGAUGCAGGAGCGAUACAUCACACACGAGAGUGAUGAUAUGCGCUGGGAGCAUUUCGCUGAGCAAAAUGGCCUGCAGUAUCCUGCCCACCUCAUUAACCCUCAUGCUGAUGUCACUGAGGAGGUGGAGUCUGAAGAGGCCAUAAUGAGCAUGCUCAGCGAUCGAGUCAGUGCGCUAUAGUUUGCUGCCUGUCCCUUUAAGACACAACACAAAUAAAACCAAAUGCACACUUCAGGACAACACAAGUCUAAACACUUAUACUCUGCUGCCAUAUUAACACUUUCAUAUUGUACUUUAUUAUACUUCAGAAUAGUAAUGCAGUUUGCCAGACAUUCAGUGCCUAAUGAGUAUAACUAAAUCAUAGUAAAUUCAUAACCAUUACCCUUGCACAUUUAAAAAAUUCUCAACAUCGUCAUUCACAUUAUACUGAACAAAGCACAAUGCAAACAAUAAAAGAGAAAUCUUGUGUAUUUUAAUAUGACUUUUAAAAUGGCCCUACAAGUAAGUAAAACUGUAAAACUAUGAUAAACUAUGCUGGAUAAGAGAAAUUUCUAAAGCCAUCAAGAAUCAAUCUGCAGUACGAAUUCACAAAGUCACAAAGCACUACAAUGCUGUGGUGACUGUUGCCUUAGUGGAUGUGUAACUAUUAGAAAAAGUCCUUGCUGCUUUUGUGGGCUUUUGUCAUUUGUAGGGUGCAUACAAGUGUGUGUGUUUUGUGUGUGUGGGAGGGUGGGUGGUUUUGUGUGUGUGUGUGUGUGUGUGUGUGUGUGUGUGUGUGUGUGGGAGGGUGAUUGGUUGUGUGUGUGUACAGUAUGUGGAGUAUUGAGAGUACAUGAUUUUGUCAACCAGCUUGAAAAGUAACACUGCCUGCAGUUUUUUUCUUCUCUUGCUUUCUCCUGUGUCAAUUGUAAUAAUAAUAAUAAUAAAAAAAAGAACCAUGAUCAUUUAAAGUUUUUAUUGCAUGUGUUGUUCACAUUGUAGAUUUCUACUG